CUCAGCACAGCAGUGCUGGUGUUGUAAAGUACUUUACCGUCCCGUAUGUUCAGUCCUCUACACUCAACUCAAUUGUUCCUGUUCCUCUGCUCCAGAUGCUGAGUGUGAGCGAGAAAUAGACAUAGACACACACACACACACAGGACACUGACAGAGGACUGAGGCAGAAAACUGGACUUCCAUCAAAACCUCUGAAGAAGACUAAGAAAAUAAGAGCCUUGCUUAGAGUUGAGAGGGAGGGAAGGCGGCAGUAGCGCGUGCAGACGGCAGAGAGGAAAGGACGAAAGGAAGAGGGGAAUAGACGAGAAGAGCUGGCUGCACAGCAGGUUGCCCACUCUCUGACAGCAGAGAAGUCCAUGACCCUGAACUAAUACAGCGAUGGACAGGAAAAGUGCCAAUGGCUACCCUAAGGCCGGAGGAGAGAGUGGAUGUGGGGGUCAGAAGAAGCAGCUGCCCUACUCCGUAGAGACCCCCUACGGCUUCCACCUGGACCUCGACUUCCUCAAAUAUGUGGACGACAUCGAGAAAGGCAACACCAUCAAGCGGGUCCACAUCCAGCGCAAGGCCAGGGGUCCUCCUAAGUUCAGCACCCUGCCCAGGAACUUCAGCCUGCCUGGGCAUGGGGCACGUUCGGCCCCCAAGGACACCUGGUCUUCCACCUCUACUCUGGGACCCAAGCCCCGGGGCAGAGUCACAGAGGUCCAGCAGUUCUUGGAUUUUAGAGCCAGUGAUGGAGGCAGUGGUAUGGCGGGGGGGCAGAGCCAGAGCAGCAGAGCGCAGGGGAGUGGCUUAUCCCCGGCCAGGCCCAGGGAGGAGGCAGGGGCUGGUGUGUCAGUCGAGAAGCCCCUGGGGAGGCCCAACCUCCUCCGGACUUCCAGCAUGCCCAUUACCAUCCCUCACAGGAAGGCUUCUGAGUCCGGGGACGAGAGAACAGAGAACGGCUCAUCUGAGAACGUAUUCCGCGCUGUGCCCCAGGACAGGUCGGGGCUGCACCAGCAGAUCACCGCGGCCCUGAAGAGGGUCAGAGAGCUGGAGGAUAUGGUGAGGACCAUCCCAGAGCUCAAGUCCCAGAUCUGCUCACUGAGGGAGGAGAGAGAGCAUCUGAUCCUCAGGCUGCAGGCCCAAACCAAGCCCCAGGCUCCACCCCCCCCACAACGUGCCUCGCCCUCUCCAGCUCAGAUCAUUGAUCCUCAGCCGCCAGGGUCUGGAGCAGUAGUUGAUACCGGGAGAGUGGAAAGCACUGCGUCAGAGACAGAAACACAACAGGAAUCCUUAAGAAGUACUGCACAAGAAGCAGAAGCAGAUAGGCUUUUAGCAGCACAGGCAUCAGAGGGACCAGACCGACAAAGAGAGGCAUUAGUGAAUCCAUUAGAGAAAACAGCAGAGCUAUCAGAGGACGUUACAGUACAGAAAGCACCAGAACCUUCAGAGAGAGGAGUGAUUGUGCAAGUCAUAGAGGGAGUCAGUGGUGAGGGGGAUCUCCUCAGCAUCGAACAGCUCCAGGCUAAGCUAGUAACACUAGAGGCUAAGUUAAGUCAGGCCAGUGAAGAGCUGGAGGAAACCAACAGUCUCCUCAGACAACAGGUAGAGGACAACAGGAUGAAGCAGGAGAGGAUACUUCAGCUAAGCGAGGGAGGGAGAGAGGGAAAGGAGGAGGUGUGUGGGGAGAGACAUACAAGUAGGAGGACCAGUGUGGACCAGCAGGCAGAGACCGAGAGAGUGGUCAUUAUAAACCAGGGGACAGAGUCAGAGAGGGCUGAUGUGGUGGAGCAGGAGACUGAUACAGAGAGAAUGAUUAUUGCAUGCCCAGUCAGACCAAGGGGCAACAGUGUGGACCAGGGGACAGAGACGGAGAGAGUGGAAGCGGUGAACCAGGUGGCCGAGACAGAGAUGAUUAUUGCAUGCCCAGUCAGACCAAGGGGCAACAGUGUGGACCAGGGGACAGAGACAGAGAGAGUGAACACUGUGAACCAGGUGACAGAGACAGAGAGAGUGGACACUGUAAACCAGGUGACAGAGACAGAGAAAGUGGACACUGUAAACCAGGUGGCAGAGACAGAGAAAGUGGACACUGUAAACCAGGUGGCAGAGACAGAGAGAGUGAACACUGUAAACCAGGUGACAGAGACAGAGAGAGUGGACACUGUAAACCAGGUGGCAGAGACAGAGAGAGUGAACACUGUAAACCAGGUGACAGAGACAGAGAAAGUGGACACUGUAAACCAGGUGGCAGAGACACCGCCUGGAGACAGAUUAGACCAGGGGACAGAGACACAGACAGUAGUCAGUGUGGACCAGAUGACAGACACAGCACCUGUACGUCCAGUGAGACCAGCAAGACACAGGGCUAACAGUGUGGACCAAUGUAGAGAGACACAAAUACAGGCAGGAGUCAGUGUAGACCAUGGGAAAGAGACAGUGGAUACUAUGAACCAGCUGACAGAGACACAGACAGCACCUGUACGUCCAGUGAGACCAGCAAGACACAGGGCUAAUAGCAUGGACCAGGGGACAGAGACAGAGAGAGUGAGUACAGUGGACCAGGUGACAGAGACAGAGGCAGCACAGAGUGCAGACCAGCAAACAGAGACAGAGAGAGACAGAGGUGAGACUAGCAAUACCCCACAUAGAGCUAUAGAGAUAGAAAGUGCAGCUAUAGUAAGUGCAGCCAUAGAAAGUGCGGUCACAGAAACUUCUGGAGCAGAAAUUGAGGUCGCAGAAAGUGCUGUCAAAAAUGGGGAUAUCACUGAGAGUGCAGUAACUGAAGAAGGUUUUGUGAUUAUAGAAUGUGUGGACACAGCAAGUAUGGUAACAGAGAAUGUGGUCACAGAAAAUGUUAACACAGAAAGAAUGGUAACAAAGAGACAAGAAGUGGUAGUAGAGAAUGCAGUUGAACAAAUUACAAUGACUGAAAGUGUGCUUAAACAGAGUAUGACCACAGAGGGUAUGGUCAUUGAGAGUGUGGUCACAGAAGAGAGUGUGGUCACAGAAGACAAUGCGGUCACAGAGGAGAGUGUGGUCACAGAAGAGAGUGUAGUCCCAGAAGACAAUGCGGUCACAGAAGAGAGUGUGGUCCCAGAAGAGAGUGUGGUCACAGAAGACAAUGCAGUCACAGAAGAGAGUGUGGUCACAGAAGAGAGUGUGGUCACAGAAGUCUCUUUCCCCUGUCUCUGUCCCCUGGUCCACACUGUUAGUGUGGUGAAAGAAACUCCCAUAGUCCCAGAGAGCCCAGUAGCAGCACCCACCCCCUCUUCCAGCCAGACCCAGCCUCAACCAGGUCAGAAGGAGUCUGUGCAGCCCCAGGCCCAGCCUCAGACCCAGGACCCUCGUCGGGGCUCCAACCCAGCAUUAGGCCAGGUAGUAACACGCCUCACAGGGCUGAUUAACGAGCAGUGGGCCCAGCUGGGUAGCAGCCAAGAGAAGCCGGACAAGCAGGAGACCUCCAGCCCCAGCACCCAGAAGCUUGCAGCCGGGCAGGGGAAGCCUUCAACGGGCAAAUCAGCAGGGAAGUCAGGGCCGUCUAAGAUGAGCUCCAUCCAGAGCCAGCUGGUCAGCUCCCUCAGUGCCCUGUCUGCAUUCUACUCCCCUGGACAGAAGGCUGCUGCCAACAAACAGCAAGGUCUGAAAUCCAUCAUGAAGAAGAACGGUGCUGCUGACAAACAGGGGAACAGAGGAGGAGCCAAGAAGAACCUCAAGUUUGUAGGAGUCAACGGAGGGUAUGAGACCACCUCCAGUGAGGAGGAGUCGAGCGGGGAGGAGAAGGAGGAGGCCGAGGAGGUGGACAGCUCUGAGCCUGAGGAGAUGCAGGAGGAUCAGGGGAAGGAGGAGGAGCAGGAGGAGGAAGCUGGAGAAUCCCAGGGCCAGGGAGAGGACACUGCCACAGGAGAGAUGGCCCAGGGAGCAGGCCCUCAGGCUGGGGAGACAGAGGGCCAGGGAGACCCUCAAGACCCAGAGUCCAGCCAGGCACUCCUGGAGGAGCAGCCAGAAGCAGGGGAGACGAUAGAUAAGGACUUCAUGGAGGCGUGUCACUACAUUAAGGAUCGUAUGGCAGAGGUGGCAACCCCUGAUAAAGAAAUGAGACACAUCCUGACCGUGUUGUACCAGGAGUGGUUCCGUGUGUCCAGUCAGAAGGACUCAAUGGCCGACACUGUCACCCUCUACCUGAGAGAGGUGGGCAUCGCCACGCCAACCCUCCUGCGUUACAUCGUAAACCUGGCUGAUGGUAACGGCAACACAGCGCUCCACUACAGCGUGUCCCACUCCAACUUCCCUGUGGUCAAACUGCUGCUGGACACUGGUCUGUGUGAGGUGGACACCCAGAACAAAGCAGGCUACACAGCGGUGAUGCUGGCCUCUCUGACAGCUGCUGAUGGAUCAGACGACAUGGAGGUGGCUCUACAGCUACUGAGACAGGGAGAUGUCAAUGCCCAAGCCAGCCAGGCAGGGCAGACGGCCCUCAUGCUGGCCGUCAGCCAUGGUCGCACAGCCAUGGUGCGGUUGCUGCUGAGCUGCCAGGCUGACCUCAACAUUCAGGACAAAGACGGUUCGACUGCACUCAUAUGUGCGUGUGAGCACAGUCACGUGGAGAUCGCUCGGAUACUACUCGAGUCUGACCACUGUGACACCAGCCUCACAGACAAGGAUGGUCAGAGUGCUCUUUCGGUUGCGGUAGCGGCCUCCCACAGUGAGCUAGUUGACCUUCUGAAGACCCAUUCUGACUCCACCACCCAGGCCUCUAACCUCUCCUCCACCACCACUUCAGCCACCAUUAUCACCACCACCACCGCCUCUCUCCUCUGAGUCCUCUCCAGAAGCCCCUCUCUAACCCCCACCCCAACACAGAACUCUCCCACCCUAGACCCACCAUAGCCCAGACCCCAUUCGCCAGACCCAACCCUACCCUCGACCCACCGUAGCCUGGACCCCAUUCGCCAGACCCAACCCUACCCUAGACCCACCGUAGCCCAGACCCAACCCUACCCUAGACCCACCGUAGCCCGGACCCCAUUCGCCAGACCCAACCCUACCCUAGACCCACCAUAGCCCGGAUCCCAUUCGCCAGGCCCAACCCUACCCUAGACCCCCGUGGAGGACAGACAAAGGCUGGCACCACUCAGCUCACAGGCCUACUGGACCUGUGCUGCAAGGAACCAGAAUAACACACAUUAUUCACAUUUCUGCCAAUAUUCCGUGGGCGGGACUCUGGAGUUAUGUAUCAACCGUUUGGCAGCCAGCCAAUCGGAGAGGGACCUGUGUGUGUCAAUCAAAGAACCUGUAGCCGUGGCGACAGUGGGGAUUGACAGGUGAUCCAUGAAGAGUGCAGAAAGGACAACAGAAGGAUGAUGGAUUGAUGCUUUCCAAAAAAAAAAUGCUCUUCAGGCAAAAAUCUUCUUAAGCACAUGAUCUACCUUCAAAAUCUGUCAUAUUAUUAUCAAUAAUAUGGUUUUUCUUCCUUUUUAUUCCAAUGAUGACAUUACUAUUAUUUUAUAUUUGGACAUAAGCCAUUUAUUAAACCAUAAAGUCAAUGUUAUAAUAGUGUUUUAUCAGACACACAAAGUAUAUUUAUUUUGCGUUGCACUUUGUUUCACUCUGUUUGAUUGAUAUUCAUACUGUACAUAUCAUAUCCAUGCUUGGUUUGUUUUCAUCACUAUGACUCAGUGGGAGGUCUUCCAAUAUGAAGGGUGUAUAGUAGGAUGCAGCAUGCAGCAAUAUAAUAACAAAAGGCAGAAUCUUCCGAAGAUACUAAACUGCAGUAUGAUGUAGUAACUCUCCACUUACUACUCUUCUUAACUAUCUACAACUCUUUUUCUCUUUCUCGCUCUCAUGCACCAGCCUGGUCUCAGAGCAUUUCAUAUGUUUCUGUACGUACAGUAAAUCCUAGACAUUCCAUUUAGUAUAAUAUGUUACGUUUUGUAUGGUAUGUAUUCAAAUGUGGUUAUCCAUCACCCAUUUCGUAUGAUAUAUUACGGAUUACAAUUCAUAUUAUAUGUUACGAAUUUUCACAACAAACAAUAUUUAAUGAAUUUGCUAAACGUAUGAUAUGUAACGAAUUCUAGCUGGUGGCUAUAGUUAGCUAGCGCGCUAAAGUUAGCUUGGCUAGUGGUUAGGGUAAUUAUUAUUAUUUUAUUUUGUACUUUUACCUCUUUUUCUCCCCAAUUGGUGGUUACAGUCUUGUCUCAUCUCUGAAACUCCCAUACGGACUCGGGAGAGGCGUAGGUCGAGAGCCAUGCGUCCUCCAAAACACGACCCUGCUAAGCCGCACUGCUUCUUGACACAUUGCUUGCUUUACCCGGAAGACAGCCACACCAAUGUGUGUCAGAGGAAACACCGUCCAACUGACGACCGAAGUCAACCUGCAGGCUCCCAGUCCGCCACCUUCCCUUAACCCGGACGACACUGGGGCAAUUGUGCGCCGCCUCAUGGGUCUCCCAGUCACGGCCGGCUGUGACACACUACCUGGGGCUGUCGUGAUGCCUUAGGCCGCUGCGCCACUCGGAAGGCCAGGGUUAGGGUUACGUUUAAAGGGUUAAGGUUAGGGUUAGAGGAAGGGUGAGCUAAAAGGGUUAAGGUUAGGUAAAGGGUUAGUUAAAAGGGUUAAGGUUAGGGUUAGGGCAAGGGUUAGAUAACAUGCUAAAUAGUUGCAAAAUAUUUGUAAGUAGUUGAAAAGUUGCUAAUUAGUUAAAAGUUUUCAGCAAUGAAAUUCGAACUCGCAACCUUUGGAUUGCCAGACGUUUGUGUUAUACACUCACCCAUCCACCCCUAGAUGUUUGCGUUCUACAUCCACCCAUCCACCCCUAGAUGUUUGCGUUCUACAUCCACCCAUCCACCCCUAGAUGUUUGCGUUCUACAUCCACCCAUCCACCCCUAGAUGUUUGCGUUCUACAUCCACCCAUCCACCCCUAGAUGUUUGCGUUCUACAUCCACCCCUAGAUGUUUGCGUUCUACAUCCACCCAUCCACCCCUAGAUGUUUGCGUUCUACAUCCACCCCUAGAUGUUUGCGUUCUACAUCCACCCAUCUACCCCUAGAUGUUUGCGUUCUACAUCCACCCAUCUACCCCUAGAUGUUUGCGUUCUACAUCCACCCAUCUACCCCUAAAUGUUUGCGUUCUACAUCCACCCAUCUACCCCUAGAUGUUUGCA